CAACCGGAGCGGACACUACAUGCUGAUAGUGGUCGGGGAGAUCGGCACCGAGCAGCAGCUGGACGCCGUCAGAGCGCACAUAGAGCGGGGAAUCCGAUCCUGGGACGUGGACCUGAAGAGCUGCGACCUUGAUCAGCAGCUGCAGCUCUUUAUAACCCGUCACUCCGCCCACUUCUCCUCAGAGGUCAGAGGACAAAGGACUCUCCACCACAGAAGUGAUGUCUUAGAGACCGUAGUGCUGGUCAACCCUUCAGAAGAUUCUGUCGUAUCAGAGAUCGAGUCUCUGGUCACUGACUCUGCAGCACAGAAGCUUCUGGUCCUGAGUGGACAGAGCUCGGAUCACGGUGGCCUUCUUCUUCAAAGCGGCGUUUUCAACCACCAGACCCUCUCACGAGUCUUCUCUGAUCCUGGGGUCAGUGAGUUGCUGGGCUCAACAGCCCCGAAGCAGCAGGCUACUCUCACUGUGUCCUGCCGCGGGGAGGUGGGCUGGAGCUCCCUGGGACAACAGCAGACCCUGAGGGACUUUCUGGAAUACAAACUAAACCCUGAGUCUGUUCUUCCCAAGAUGGAGGGCGUCACCGAGUUCACAGAGUAUGUCUCUGAGACGGUGGAUGUCCCCUCACCUUUCGAGCUCCUGGAGCCUCCCACGUCCGGAGGCUUCCUGAAACUCUCCAAACCGUGUUGCUACAUCUUUCCCGGCGGGCGAGGAGACUCGGCUCUCUUUGCCGUGAAUGGCUUCAACAUCUUAGUGGAUGGAGGCUCUGAACGAAAGUCAUGCUUCUGGAAGCUGGUCCGUCACUUGGACCGCAUUGACUCGGUUCUGCUCACACACAUCGGCGCAGACAAUCUCCCAGGUAUCAAUGGGCUGCUCCAGAGGAAGAUAGCCGAACAAGAGGAGGAGCAUUCUCAAGGCUCCGUCAACUACAACGACUGGAUGAAGAACCUGAUCUCUCCUGAGCUAGGUGUGGUUUUCUUCAACGUGCCCGAGAAGCUCCGUAUGCCAGAAUCUAAUCUUAAAGUGAAGCGCAGCAUCGAAGAAGCCUCCCUGACUUUGCAGUACCUGAGUAAACUAGGAAUCAAACCGGAGCCUCUCUUCCGAGUGUCCGGCAACACCAUAGAGCCCAUUACUCUGUUCCACAAGAUGGGAGUGGGCAAGUUGGACAUGUAUGUUCUCAACCCUGUCAAAGAUAGUAAAGAGAUGCAGUUUUUAAUGCAGAAGUGGGCUGGAAACAGCAAGGCUAAAACUGGUAUUAUUCUGCCCAACGGGAAAGAAGGAGAAAUAUCUGUGCCCUACCUGACAUCAGUUACAGCCUUGGUUGUCUGGCUGCCUGCCAACCCUGCAGAAAAGAUCAUCAGAGUGUUGUUCCCUGGGAAUGCACCGCAGAACAAGAUCCUGGAAGGCCUGGAAAAAUUGAAGCACCUUGACUUCUUGCGCUAUCCUGUCGCCACACAAAAGGACAUUGCCUCCGGAGCUCCUCCCUCUGUUAUCAAACAAACCAAAUUAAAACAAAGAACAGACAGCAAAGAGAGUCUCAAGUCGUCCCCGAAGACUACUGUGAAAGCCUCAAAGAAAGAAACCGAAGGACAAGACGAUGUCUCAGCCGCCACCGAGGCAAAGAGUGACUCUGUCAAGGAAAACGUAGAAGAAGAGAAAAAGCCUACUAAAAUGAUCAAAUCCAAAAGUGAUGUCCCGGAGAAGAAAAAGCUCCUGAAAGAGAAAUCGAUCAAAAAGCACCCGAAGGAAAGGGUGUCAAAGAUGGAUGAGAAAAAGGACAAGGAAAAGAAAGAGAUCAAGAAAGUAAAGAGGGAUGACUCGAAAGAUGUUAAGUCCAAAGACGACAAGAAGAAGAAGGACUCGUCCAAACCAGAGCUGAGGAAAAUGACUAAACCUGAGCUGAAAACGUUUACACCGGAGGUCAGGAAGACAUUACACAAAGCUAAGACAACAAGUAAAGCCAAGAGUGGAAAAGGCAAGGCAGCAAAGGCGUUACCUGCAGAAGAGCCUGAACCCAUUCAGCCUGAACCAGCAGAGAACGGAGCUGCUGAGCUCACGUCCGUCACCUCGAGCCCUGAAGACCUCACCAAGGACUUUGAUGAUCUGAAAAGAUCUGUUGCAACUGAAUCUGCCGAGCCUACGUCUCCAGAAAAGGACGACUCAGCCCCAGAAGCUAAAGCAGAAGACAAAGAGAAAGAGCUGAGAGAAAUGGAAGACGCUCAAAAGUUUGAGGACGAAGGAGCAGCCUCUCAGGAUGAAGAAGAAGAAGGAGAGGAAGAAGAAGACGACGAGUCCCCAGCUGCUAAAAAGACAACUGGCGAGGAGGAAGAAGAAGAUAUGGGAAUCGGUGAAGAGGAAGACGAAGCAAAAUGGAAGGAGGCAAAGGACGAAGGGCUUGACAGGAAACACGAGUUAGAAGAAAUGGAGAAAACAGGAAAUCUGGCAGCGACUAAAUAUAUCCCCUUCGAAGAGGAAGAGGAAGACGAAGAGGUGCUGGAGAAAGCCGAACUGGAGGAGGUCGAGGAUUUAGAUGUUAUAGCAGACGAAGAGAUCAAACCUGAAGAUGCAACUGAAGAAGAGGAAGAGGAAGAGGAGGAGGGCUACCUGUCGCAUGUUGGAGGGGCCACAGCUCCCAUAACCUCCGUAUUUCACGGAGCCACUGCAGCUGAGCCCGUCUCCUACAUCCAGGACGAGACCAUCCCCGGCUACUCUGAGACAGAACAGACCAUCUCUGACGAGGAGAUUCACGAGGAGGCAGAGGAGAGGAUACCACACCUUCAAUACGACGUCGGUGCCUACGACAUCUCUGUUCCGGAUCAAACUGAAUCCUUUGUGAACAUUCACGGCAUGCGGGAGAUUCAAGCUGCCGCUGUGACUGAGAAGAUGUUCCUCCCCGGCGUGCAGGAGCAGGUGUCGGUGUUCACCAGCAUCAUCACGGCUCCUCUGGCCGAAGAGGAGCAUGUGUCUUCUGCCACGUCCAUCACCGAGUACGACAAAGUGUGCUCCUUUCCGACUUCUAUCGCAGAGGAUCAUUCUGGGGGUUCUGUCGCGGCCCCUCGAGCCGAGGACCCGCCUAAAAGCCCCCUCUCCUCCCCACCUGACGCCAGCCAAGGCAAAGAGCAGCCACUCUCUGCAGGAACUAUUUCACCACCUUCUCUAGAGGAAGACAAACAAAUCAAGUCUCCAUCUGAUGACUUGCAUCUUCCGGUUGCAGAAGUCAAAACAUCCACUAAAGCUCCUGAAGCUCACUCUGAAGAGGAAGAGGAAGAGGAGGAUGAUGAAGACCAAACUCCUAAUGUUGACAUUUCACUUGAGAAACUCCAAGAGGGAUAUGCUUCAUCCCAAUUUCUACAAGGUAAAGAGACUGAUAUCACACAGCUUGCUGGCUCAGUGUCUAUCAAGGAAACCAAACCAAUCCACCUUCCAAUUGAAGAAGAGAACAUGGAUGCCGUUGCCCCUAGAGAUCGUUCAUCUGUUGUGCCUACGAGACCUUUUGGGUCAGACUCAGUGACUUCAGAGAGCGAAGAGCGCUGCUUCAGUCCAGAUGAUAUCACUGUGAAAAUGGCAUCUCCUCCUCAUUCUGGACCACCGAGUGCAGCUCACUCUCCUCUUCGUCAGUCCCCAGUGGGAGACAAGACGAAGGCGAGCCCUGAUUUGGAGCAGCAGAAGCAAGCGGAGGUCCUCCAUGUCGUCACGACAACUGAAACUACAAAGAAGGAUGAGACACAAACAGACACACAGAAAGCAGAUCUACUUGAAGGGGAAGUUCCCACAUCUUUGGAGAAACACAUAGAAGAGGUUCCAGUGAUGAAGGAGUCAGAAAAGGACUCUUCAUCAGUGCAACAAGAUGAAGGCAAAGACACAGAAACAAUCCCUGCUGCUGCGUCUUCAACAGAUGUUCAGUCCCCCAUGUCAGGAAGAGAUUCCCUCGUCUCCUCUGGACACAUUGAUGAAGAGGUUGACUCUACGCUCAGAGAGAAAGUGCCUAAAGUGCCAAGUACCUUUCCAGAGAGGGAGAGCACUUUCCUCGAUGAUGAUGAUGAUGAUGAUGACGACCAUCACGAUGAUAAGUCUGCAGUUAAGGUGGAACAGGAAAAGGAAAUGGACGACACUUCUGAUAUCAUACAAUUGAAGGAUGAGCAAAGACGGAAAUCUGUCACCCAGGAAGGUGUUUCUGCCGUCAUGUUCUUCACAGAUGAGAAAGAGGCAGUAAAGGGGAUCACCUCGGAUAUUAAACCCAUGAAGGAAGAGAAAAUUGCAAAGGACGUCUCCGCAGUGGAUGGAGCUCUUACAGAUCAACAGAAAGAGCCUGGAAAAGAUCAACCUGACAUCAACACUACUGAAGAAGCAGAGAUGGAAACUGCUGCGUCUCAGGUCACACGAAUCAAAGGUGAGCAGAAAGAUGAUGAAUUUGACCUCAAGACGAAAGCCGGUGCUAUGGAGACUGAGGUUAAAAGGGACGCUGUGUCUAAGAGUGAGAUUCUGAAAGAGGAGGAGAAGAAAGAGGGUGAUAUUUGUGACAUUAGGACUGUAAAGGCCGAAGCAAACGAGACUCAAAUGGUCGAAACCACAGAUAUCAAGCCUCUUAAAGACGAGAUGGAAAAAGAGUUUAAGAAGGACGCCAUGCCCAUCGUUGAGCAAACUAAAGAUGAGGAAAAGGAGGCGGAAACAUCUGAUAUAAAAGUGAUUGAGGAUAAGAAAGAGAUGGGAAAGAUAGAAAUAUCUGCUUCUAAGCCUUUUACUGGGGAGGAGAAAGAGAAAGAGAAAGGGAUGGGUGACAUUACUGGGGCUAAACUCACCAAAGAAGAAGAACUGAUUAGUAAGACUGAUACGUCUGCUGUUAUCAUGAAAGAAGAAAAUGAGCAAGACAUUUGUAAAGAUGCUAUCUCGCCCACCAGCCCCACCACAGUGCAGGGAAGGGAUGCAACUCUGAGGAAAGAGGACAUUUCUGCUCCCAAGCCAACUGCAGAACGAGAGAGAGAGACGGGUAAAGAUGAUAUCUCUGAAACAGAAAGGCACGAAGAAGAUAUGACAACAAGCAAGGAUGAUGCUAGCACCUUCAAACCUACUGUAGAAGAAGAGAAGAAGGGAGACGGGAGUAAAGAUGAUACUGCUGCUACUAAACUUACCGUGACAGAAGCUGGAGAGAAACUGACCAGUAGGGAAGAUAGUUCCUCAAACGAGACUCUUAAGGAUGGCGUCAAACCAGGCAUGGAGGACACAAAGGACCAAGAAACAAACAGAGACAACACUUCCAAGAUGGAUGUCAUGAUGAGCAAAGACAUUCCCACUGUCAAAACAUCAACGGAGGAAUGUGUUGCUAAACCCACCACACGAGAUGAUAAGGAGAAAGAAAUCAGUAAAGAUAUCUGUGCUGUCAGAUCCAGUAUGGAAGAGGACAAGGAGGAAACUACAGUAACAAUUAAGGAUGACAUUUCUGGUACGAAGGAUGAAGAAAGCAAAGAUGGUUUGAGAAGCCCUGCGGAUGAGGGCAAGGCUGAGGUAAAAGAUGUUAAAGUCAUCAAGGCUGAGGUAAAAGAUGUACCAAAGGAUGACAUAGGCGAACAAGACAUGAAAGAAAAGAGUUCUGAGCUUUUAUCUAAGGAGCAGAACAUUGGUACUUCAGCCAAAAGUGAAGACGUAAAGGAUAAGGACACUGAACAAGAUGACAAACAGAAAGCAACAGACUCCAGUGUUGCACAACCUAAGGACGUGGUAAUCAAACUGGAGACCGAGAAGUCUCCAUUAUUUAGUGCCAAGGAUGAGAAAAAAGAGGUAGACCUUCCCGUGUCUUGGAUCUUGGAAGGGGACAAACCCCAAAAGGAUGAUAUUAGUGACGUAAGUGAUAAGCCACGACAUCAAGACAUCUCUGAGAAGUCUGGUGAAACUCCGAAAGAGAAGGAAACUUUCGGAGCUACGUCAAUGCAGCAAGACACUUCUAUAAGUACAUGGAGUACAGACCUGUCUCCAAGCCAGAGUCAGGGAGAGAGAGACCCAGAGGAAAAGGUUGUUAUCAGCCAAGAAGAGAAGACAGAGAAAGGAAAGGACGACACACAUGUUGCUGAACUGAGCAAAGAACAGAAAAUGGAAAAAGAACAGGAAAAGGAAUACACAUAUGAGACUGAUGACAUCCGUGACAGGAAGACGGAUGAGAUCACUGAGAAAGACUCUGAUGCCGACCACACUAAGGAGGAGAAGUGGGAGAAAGAGCAGGUACAAGAGAAAGACCUGGAGAAAACCAUGAAACAACCUGCAGAGACAACAUUAGGUGAAGCAUCCAAGUCAGAUUGCAAACCUGCAUUUGUGGUUCAGUCCUCCGAUGAAGACAGGGAAGAUGUAGAGGACGAGGACAUUUGUAUGGGGGGAGCUGGUUCCAGACCUCUGUCGGUAGAUCUGAAGAAAUCAGAACAUGACAUCCCCUCGGUAGUUCUCCCCUCGCCCCAAAAACCACAGACGAGUGACCCAACUAAACCACCGAUAUCCGUCACAGUGAUCAUACCAACUCUCACAAUGCAGGAGCCCUCUCUUGAUGAGUUUGAAAAAGAAGAAUACAGUUUUUCCCCUGCAGCUGGGAAAGGUGUUGUGAAAACAGAAACCACGGUUGCACCAUUUGCAAAGCCAGAGCCCUCCUUUGAUGCUGUGACAUCAAAGGAGGACACAGCCACUGUUCCCAAACAAGAAACAGCUUCUGAUGUCCCCGCGUCUAAAGCACAACCAAUGUCAGAGGAGAAAAAGCCUGCGUUGUCGACGGUAUCGAGCACCGACAGUCACCCAUCCCUGUUUAGUUCAGAAGGCAGCGCCGCAGAGAAGACAGGACUAGAGGAGAAAGCAGGGAAGGAAGCAGAGAGGGAGAUGGAAGGAGAGCGAGAGGUGGCUUCUCCAGGAUUACCCCCGCCUUGUUCCUAUUUCACGUUGGACUCUGAAGACAAGAGCCCCUCUGACGCUGCAAAACUGACCUCAGAGACUGUCAGUGGUAGCCUCGGAGAAGAAAAGCCAACCUUUGGUGCGUCCAAAUAUGAUCCGUAUGAAAAGCCCAUUCCAAAGGAUCAUGACUUGGACUCUAGGGAAGAAAGUGAGGUUUCUUUAGGUUUCGAACACCCCUCUGAUAUUGAUGAUAACAGAAGAACAAGCCAGACAGAGGCUGGAGGAGCCAUGUUCCUCCUGGACGAUCAGUUCAAAGAAGAGCCUCUGUCCUUCAGUAGAGUCGAUUACAGCCCGGUGUCUCUGACAGAAAGUGAAAGAAGCAGCCACCACAGUCCAAGUGCCUCACCUAGAUAUGAAGACAGAGAGAAAGGCCAGGAGGAAGAAAGUCAGAAAGAAGAGAGACCAGAUACACCUUAUGUUGACAGGAGCUUUUCAUCCGUAGACAUGCAGGAUAACAAAAUGUCCCAGGCUGCUGAGUCUUAUUCUUUCACUCCUAAAGAGGACAAACCGGAGAAAUCUGAAAAAGAGAAGGAAGGGGCUUCAGCUGCAGCUUUUCCAUCAGGGGGGACACAAGAAAGUGAUCUUGUUUGUAGCAGUACAUCUGCUCAAUCAGCAAGUGUGCCACUAAGACAGGAGACACCCUCUCCAUCAUGGAGCCAGUCAGAUCUCGGUACUCAAGUUUCAGCAACUCCUGGAGCUUUUGAGGCAUUUACAGAAAAGAAAACAACGGAAAAAGAAAAAGAAAAAUCUGCUGAGUCGCUCAAAGAAAAAUCUCCAUCUGGUCGGCAUUCACCUGCAGAAAAAGACAUUUUACCUCAACAAGCAAAACCUUUACAGAGAGAAGACACUUCAAGGCCUGUAUCUGCCGCCACGUUCUCAGGACAGGAAAUAGAUGAUAAUGUUUUGGCAUCGGACAACAGUCACAUGAGCAGCUCUGCCUCCUGUAAACCAACUUUAGACUUUCCUGAUGGAAAAGAGAGCUUUAUAGAUAAAAGAUUACUUGUAGAAGGGGAAGAUUUCAAUGUGGAUGAUGAUGAAGACGAAGAUGAUGAUGAGGAGGAGGAUGAAGACGAGGACUUAAGUGAUGUAGAUAUGGAGAAGGGCGCAAGGGAACAGUCCGAAAAGGAAAUGUGCAGACGUACCUCUGGUGACAGUGCUGUGUUAGCAGAGGUGGAGGACUCAAAUAAAAAGUUGUCUGAAUCAAGUGUCCUUAAAGAGGAAAAAGUCUCUCAACCAACAACUGGUGAAGCCUCAUCUUCAGACCAGCAGGAGGUAUGCAGAAAACCACAAUCGCCUGAAACAAAACCACUCAAAGAAGAUGACGCCGCCACAUCAAAAGUCCCCGAGACAAAGAGUGAAGAUGUUGGUCACAUGACUUCAUCACCAGACCCUUACAAAAUGGACGACAUCCAUUUCACUUCAUCAGAUCUUCCCAAACUUCCUGAGACUAAGAAAGAGCAUUUGUCUCCUGAACCAACCUCAAGCAGGAGGUUAUCAUCGGCUCAGGAUACCUCCUAUGAAGCCCUGCAGACAACAAAGGGAGAUGACGACAAAGAGUCUCUAUCGCCAAGCUUUUUGAACAAGGACACUGAACCAAUGCCCGCAAGCACCUUGUCCAGCUUUUUGCCACCUGACCAUUCAGAGUCUUUACCUUCAUCUAGUCCCUCACUCCCUCUAAGAGGAAGCUAUGCCGACAUCGGACAGAAUAGAUCUGGAGGUUAUUCUGAGUUUCACAGUGAAGGAAGUCAGGUGGGAUUGAAAGAAGAUAAGAAAGAAACCUCAGAGGCCUCCCAGCUAUCCAAGCUUAGCGAUGACAAACAUUACAGCCAAGAAGACGAGAGGCAGAGCUUAGAGAUCAGCGCAAAACACAAGGAAACUGCCUCAUCACCUUGCACAUACACCACCCUAACAUACUCUACUUCAACAUUCUCCUCCACAUCGUACAGUUACUCAUCCUCAGCCUCAAUGUCCGGCCCUUUGAGCCAAGAGUCUGGAGACAAAGCUAAAACGUUAUCAGGCUCUACUGUACCUCUAGCCAAAGAGGAACCAUCGUUCAGGGCUGAGUCUUCCAGCUCUUGCUUUGGAGGCUUUCAGAGAGAUGAGUACAUGGAGGUGACGACUAAACCUACAACUAAAGUGUCUUUACCCAGCCAGUUUGAUGAUACCAAAGCAUCAUCAUCGGUCUUCUCCACCACUGCCAAACAGACUAUGGAUCAACGUGGUUCUGCAAAGCCUGAAACGGACACAAAGUCAAGCACUGAUAGUUUCUACAUGCUAGAAACUAGGAUGACUACAUCGUCCGCGGCACCUUCUUUACAAAGUCAAGUCAAGGUGUCCGAGGGUUUGUCCUCAUCAGAGGCUUGCUUUGAUGUCUCUCCCCUCCAAAGGGCUGACUCAUCUGACAAGGUAUACCAAGAAUCAUCAGAAGAAGAGGAGCCUGUGACACUUGAAAUGGAGGACAGCACCCUACCAUGUCGUAUAUGUCAAACUGUCAAAGUAGCACAGCAGGAGCAGAGUUUUCCAUCGAUAACUGACUCAUAUGUGGUUGAAAGUACCACUCAGUCCACAGAGACCAAGGCAGUCGCCAUCACCUCUGCUUAUGUGUCUAAACCUGAAACGUGGCAACAGACCGCCUCGCUUCCUUCACUGAGUGAUAGUGGAGCCAGCACAACCACAUGUGCCACAACAAUGGAGGUGAAAGAGGAAAAGACAAAUGCAGCUUUGAAGGAAGACGCCAAGGUGUCAGGAAGUGAUGAAAAGGCAGAGACGGCUAAAGACAGUGAAAGCAUCAUGUGUAAAGACAGCGCAGAGGAGAAGAAGGCAACAGCUGAUACAAAGAUGUGUGAACAAGCAGGAGAUUGUAAGGGAGACGAGAAGAAAAGCUUGACACCAGAGAGCUUAGUGGAAAGGAGAAGGAGCAGUAUAUCUGAUUGGGAGCUACUACAAAGGCCUGAAGACUGCCCAAGUGCCCCUCCUCCGGGUUAUGGGGAUGACGAUGAGGACGAAGAGGAUGAGGAAGCAAUGGAAUGGAUGACCAGUGCCCACGGUACCUCUGUGUCCUCCUCAAAAGAUGCCUAUCACACAGAAACAUCCAGCAAAGGAGCAGCAAGGGCGGAUCGUCCGUCUGACUUGAACACCGGAGCCACCUCCUCUUCCUCCCAUCCAGGCUACUCGUCCUGCGAAUACAAACACCGCAAAGGAGACCUUUCUCCAUCGUUCAUGAACCCCAGCCCUCACCCGCUGUCCAGUGACGAGGGCGAGGGCGAGGAGGAAGGACGCAGUGAGCACUCUGAGGAAGGGGACGAGGACGAUCAGGAGCAACACUCUGUAAAAAGGAGGUCGCACAAGCAGAAGCCCCACCACACCCCGAGUGCUCAUGGGGACUCUGGACAGGCGCCUCACCAGCUGCCCGGACCCAUGUCUUCUGGUUUGGCCGUGACUCUAGCUGGAGAGGAAACUCCUCCGACAUCAGUGAGCGAGUCGUUGCCUUCGCAGUCGGAUUCUGACGUCCCUCCAGGAACCGAAGAGUGUCCGUCCAUAACAGCUGAAGGGAAUCUGGACUCGGACGAGGACGCUGAACAUCUUCCCGUGGACAAGUUAUCUGCAGCUGGCGGUGGACACCAUCCUUCAUCACCCAGGUCAUCGCAGAAGACUCAUGAUCCGGCUCCAACCGCGAUGAAGGACCCUUAUCCCCACCCUCCGCACCCAGAUGUGUGCAUGGUGGAUCCAGAAGCUCUUCUCCAUGAUAACAGCAGCACAGAGAAACUUCUUAAGAAGGAGCACAAAACCACCAAGGGCCUCAGGAAGAGCAAACCCAAAUCGGCCUCCCCUUCCCGUAAGGGCGAAGUCAGGAAGAGGUCCUCUACUCCAUCGAAGCAGACCUCCAAGGACUCCUCCUCGCCUCGGUCAGCGUCCCUGAAGAGGAAGGACACGGACAGAAGCUCCAGGCUGAUCAAGAUGUCCGAGACUCAAGGCUCCAGGACUGAGAUCGUCAGCCCGGGGAAAGGCUUGGUCAACGGCGUCAAGAGCAGUUCAGGCACCAACCCCCAGAAAGUUGGCUCUGUUGUUCCCCCUGGACCCCCCAUCUAUGUGGACCUGGCCUAUGUGCCCAACCACUGCAGUGCCAAGAACGUGGACCAGGAGUUCUUCAAGAGGGUGCGAGCGUCGUACUACGUGGUGAGCGGGAACGACCCGGGCAGCGGAGAGCCGAGCCGAGGAGUCCUGGACGCCCUGCUGGAGGGCAAGGCUCAGUGGGGCUCCAAUUUACAGGUGACUCUGAUCCCGACCCACGACUCGGAGGUGACCCGGGAAUGGUACCAACAGACCCACGAGAAGCAGCAGGACCUGAACAUCAUGGUCCUGGCCUCCAGCAGCACCGUCGUCAUGCAGGACGAGUCCUUCUCUGCCUGCAAGAUCGAGUUCUGAGCUUCACGAGCUUCACUCCCCCCGCUGUGACCCCCCCCUCCCAUCUCUCCCCUCCCUCUCAUCUGUUCUCACUCAAAGCAAAGCGACCAGCGCUGCUUCAAAGCUCUCAAUGCAUUUGCCGCAGCGCUCAAUACACUAGAUUCUGUUCGCUGAAAUCAAAGUCAAAAUUGUGGGUUUAUGCUUUCAUGUGUCAGUUAGGGUUUUUCAUCUGUUACUUAACCGUAAGCCCUAAAACACUCCUACACUAGCACUAGGUGAAAAAAUAUUCGUAAUAACAUAAUGACGCUUUAUUUGACUCGUAUAACAGAUGCAUUGAUACAUGUAUUCAGCCACAGUUACACGACAGAAGUGUAGUUCUUAAACUGUUGGCUUAAUUCCAAAUUAACUCAGAAAUCUAAUCAUCUAACAUUAAAAAA